AUGGCAGAUAAGCGGGACAUGGGGGAAGUCGCCAGCUUCGAUAAGGGCAAGCUGAAGAAAACCGAAACUCAGGAGAAGAACACCCUGCCGACCAAAGAGACCGUUGAACUGGAAAAGAGGAGUGAAAUCUCCUAA